AUGACUCGGCGGUGCUCCCACUGCAGCAACAACGGCCACAACUCCCGGACGUGCCCGUCGACGCGGGGGGCUGGCGCCGGAGUCAAGCUGUUCGGGGUCAGGCUGACGGAUGGAUCAAUCAUAAAGAAGAGCGCCAGCAUGGGAAACCUUAACCUCGCCUCCGCACACCACCAUUCUUCUUCUCCUUCUUCUUCCAACCUUGCCGCCUCAUCCCCCAAUCCCAGCUCUCCCUGCUCCGACCCGCCCCUCGAGCCCCACGGUUAUUUGUCUGAUGACCCCGCGAAUGUCUCCACCUUCGCUAACCGCCGCGGAGAAAGAAAAAAAGGUGUUGCAUGGACUGAAGAAGAACAUAGGCUGUUCUUAAUUGGUCUCCAGAAGCUGGGCAAAGGAGAUUGGCGUGGGAUAGCACGUAAUUUUGUUGUGUCAAGGACCCCCACUCAAGUAGCAAGUCAUGCCCAGAAGUAUUUUAUCAGGCAAAGUCAUGCUACCAGGAGAAAGAGACGUUCCAGCCUUUUUGACAUGGUUCCAGAUACGGCUUCAGAUCCACCUUCAGUGCCAGAAGAACAAGUGCUGCUUCCACCUUCUGACAAUUUGCAACCUUGUAAUGGAAAAUCACAGCCUUCAUUAAAUCUCUCACUCAAAUCCGAAUUUGAACCCAUGGAAACUACUUCUCAAGAAAAUGUGGAACAGACCAAUGAAACUAUGAUGGGAUCAAACGGACUGAUAUCAAUGGCUCCUCAUGGAUUCUUCCCCACGUAUUUACCUAUUCCGUUUCCCAUAUGGCCAUCAGCUGCAGCUCCAUUUGAGGAAGUUAAGGGUGGAGAGAUAUCCCAUCAUCAGGUCCACAAGCCAAUCCCAGUCAUUCCCAGGGAACCUGUCAAUGUGGACGAACUUGUGGGAAUGUCUCAUCUCAGCAUUGGGGAAACGCACGUACGUGAUAGAGAGCCUUCCCCACUUUCCUUAAAAUUGUUAGGAGAACCCUCAAGGCAGUCAGCAUUCCAUGCAAAUGCUCCAGUUGGUGGUUCGGAUUUAAAAACUGGCAAGAGCAAUGCAAUUCAAGCGGUUGGAGCUUUUAAGGUCUGUUGA